CUUUUUGAGGAUUAGGUAAUAAUGUGAUAAACGCAACUCGUGCGCUAAUCGUGGGAACAUUCUUCUACAGUAGGCCUUGUAGAACCUAAUAGCUCAUACCCUUUAAUUGAUAUCAACUGCCACUAGUUACGAAUACUCGAUAUAGGUAAUUAUUAUGUGUUGGUAUCAAAAACAUAAUUUCUCUAAUAGUUUUGUUAUCACGUAGGUAAUGAAUAGGUAUUUCCUGUAAUGUUCCUGCAAUUGUCCUUCAAUAGUCGUUUAAACAUGGCACGUGAGACUUUGUCAGAUACUUUUAAGCAUAAUGUAUUAUUCUGGAAGUUUCUUGGAUUGUGGAUAUUCCAAGUGGAUGAUAAACGAUACAGAUACUAUGCUAUCCCUGUAGUAUCUAUAGUAUUUGUUGCUUACAACAUUUUGCUGACAUUAAAUUUAGUCUAUACGCCCAAGAAGCUAGACACAUUUAUACCGGAACUUAUUUUUUUCUUCUGUGAAAUACAAAACGCAUUCAAAGUGCACAUGAUCAUGUUUAAAAGUAAACAAAUAGUGGAGGUAUUCGAAAUUAUGGACAGCGACGUAUUUAUUGGUGAAAAGGAAGAACAUAAUAGAAUCACAAUAAAAUCAAAGCUUCUAUUCAUUAAAGUUUUUAAGAUAUUCUUCGUCGGUUGCAACAUGUCUUAUAUAUGCCACAAUUUUUUGCCAUUGAUUUCUUUUCUCGUUUUCGGUACGGAAUUAAAUUUGCCUGUUUGCAAUUAUUAUUUCUUGAGCGACGAGUCUCGCAAACAUUACUUCUGGUGGAUACUGGUGUACCAGACUUAUGGUAUCUACCAUCACAUGAUGUACAAUUUGAGUAUCGACACAUUUAUGUCGGGUUUGAUUCUGGUGGGACUGGUGCAGUGUAGAGCUCUGAAUCACGGACUUCAAAACAUUAAAACGUCUGUACCGAAGAAAGAGAAUGACACGGAAGACGAAAAACGUCUUCGAAUGGAAUUGGUGAAAUGCAUACAGCAUUAUGAAUCAAUCCGAAAAUAUUGUGCUCACAUCCAAGACCUAUACGAUCCGGCCAUGUUUGUCCAAAUGGGUGUUGGGGCAGCCAGCAACUGCGUUAUCCUCGCCUCCUUGCUACUGUCAAUGCCCAGUCACGAAAAAGCAUUAUAUGUAUCAGUAUUAAUGUACGGAACGGUAAUGGCAAUAGAAAUAUUGAUGCCUGGCUACUUGGGAUCCCAGUUGACACAUGAGAGUGGACAGAUAGUGAGGUCAGUGUACUCAUGUGAUUGGAUAGAUCGGCCAGAAUCAUUUAAAAGUAUAUUGAAACUACUAUUGGAACGUGCUAAGAGGCCAAUAAUACUCACUACAGGAUACAUAGUCCCCCUAUCUUUGAAUACUUUUAUUUCCAUAAUGAAAACAGCUUACUCCAGCUUCACAAUACUCCGAGGCAUACAUAAAAGAACAUGAAUGACUUUCACUGAUUAUAAGACAAAGUACCUACUGACUUAAAAUUUCUGAUAUGGUUGGUUUCUACCUAAGGUAAAGUCAAGUUAGAGCAAAGUGGUUUACCCAUUAAAAUGCGAAUAUUGAAACAAUAUUUUUAAUGAAUAAAAGUGUAAGUUACGUCUUUGUGUA